GAGCGAAAUCUUCUGCAACUCCGCGUGAGCUGAGCCGUAUUUGAGGUUGGCUCUAUUCUCUAUUUAGCUAAUGUUGAUUAGAUAUUGAUAUACGAUACAGUUGACAAUGAAAAGUAACUUUUGUUUGUAAAAAAUAAAUAUUCUGUAGUGUAAUGGAAUGAUAAAUACAAAAUGAAGAGUGCAAGGCCACAUGAACUUAACACUGUAUAUAAAGCAAAAUUCAAUACAAUCAAUGAAAGGCCAGUGGACGAUAUCUCAUUGGAACUUUUUUAUAGACCUCAUACGAUAACCUUGCUAGCGGUUUCAAUUGCAGCCGUUGUUUACUUUUCAUUCAUCAGAGAUGAGCAUAACGUUGAUGAUAACAUCAGAGCAGGAAUAUGCUGCGUGGUGUUCUUUUUUGUCAUCAUUUCGGUGCUAGCGUUUCCUAAUGGACCCUUCACACGUCCGCAUCCAGCUGUGUGGAGGAUAGUUUUUGGAUUAAGUGUGCUCUAUCUGUUAAUUCUCGUCUUUCUACUGUUCCAAAAAUACAAAACUAUCAAAAGUGUUCUAGUAUGGGUGGAUCCAGCAUUGGAGCAUUUUCACAUUGAUAUGGACAAGGAAUAUGGAGUAAAUUGUUCUGUGAUAACAUUCGAAAAUAUUUGGAACCAUAUUGACAUUUUUGCCCUUGCCCAUUUCCUAGGAUGGGCUUUCAAAGCUGUCUUAGUAAGGCAUUUAGGAAUUUUGUGGGCUAUUAGCAUCUUGUGGGAGUUUACAGAGAUUGCGUUUGCUCAUCUUCUUCCAAACUUUGUUGAAUGCUGGUGGGACGCGUUGAUUCUGGAUGUCCUGUUAUGUAAUGGUCUUGGUAUCUGGGUGGGCUUGAAAAUCUGUAAAUGUUUGGAAAUGCGAGAAUACAAGUGGGUCAGUAUAAGAGACAUACACUCUACGACGGGAAAACUGAAGCGUGUGAUGCUGCAGUUCACACCAGUGACGUGGACGGAAGUGCGAUGGCUCGACCCCACUUGCACUUACAUGCGAUUCUUCGCCAUUUGUCAGCUCGUCAUUUUCUGGCAAGUGUGCGAACUGAACACAUUCUUCUUGAAGCAUAUCUUCGAGAUGCCUCCCAACCACCCGCUUGUAAUAGUCAGACUUGUGUUCAUUGGGAUAGUCGUCGCACCUUCCGUAAGGCAAUAUUACAUGUACGUGACUGACACCCAGUGUAAGAGAGUGGGCACUCAGUGUUGGGUGUACGGAGCCAUAAUGGCCACAGAGGCACUACUUUGCAUUAAAAAUGGAAAGGAACUGUUCUCACGGACUCAGAGCCUCAACAUAAUUUUAUGGUUUUUGCUCAUAUCGUUAUUCUCUGUGCUAUGUGUGUAUGGCUGUGUUCUUUGGCACAAAUAUGUUCAGAAUGGCGAUAACGAUUUUUCCCGUGAAACUUCACCUUGUAAAUCACCUUCAUUGAGUUUUUCAGAAAGUGAAUCUUUAUCAGCUGAAACAGAAGCACAUCUAUUGGAGAAUUCGGAACUUUAUUCGACUUUGAAGAAAAGACACCCACACGCACCCUUGGACAAUCAUCAGUGAAUCGUAUAAGAACCAAAACAAAAAGAAACUUUUUAGUUGCCUGAAAAAUUGCAGUAUGGAUGAAUUGGUGAUAUAUAUAAUAUAUAUAAAGAAAUAAAAAAUGAGUACAUAAUACAUGCGAUUGUAAGUACGCAUUCGCAUAGCGUGAAAACAUUACUUCAAAAAUGACUUUUGAAAAUUACGUUUCAGUUCAUCAGUGAGAAACCUAUAAGAGUUGGUGUUGUACAUAAUCUUCUUCAAGAAAUGUUCCUUCAUACUUUGCCAGGUGCGUUUCAGGAAGAUUUUGACUUUCUCGAUGUCCCUUUGACGCUGUUGUAUCCAUCGUUGUCAGCAAUAUAUUCUUGACAAUAUUGCUGUUUUCCGUAUCAGAGUACAACAUUGGCGUGUGCUUUUUGACUACACUUGAGCGGGGGUCGAGGUAUGGUAGAGCUCUUUUCAACUUUCACCGGGUUUGUUCAGAAGAUUGCAUAGCGGCAGCUCACUUUAGCCGACCUGUUUGAAAUAGACAGCCUACAUGUAGUCGUAUUUGUGGAGGGGCGGUGCUUUAUCAAAUGUCUUCAGGUCGAGACGCGAAAUAAACCGCAACAGCCAGACUGAACACAGGCUCCACGUGUCUGGUGAGUUGUAUGUCCUUCGCAAUCACCAUGCUGUAGUCGUUCAUCUGCUUCACUUUAGAUUACACGUGUCUGCCAUGAAUGAGCUUGGUCUGUCGUCGUUUGGCAAUAGUAUCGUCAAGCAACAACACAAACGAGAGAGGCUCGGAAAUUCUUCAAAAUGUUGAAGUUUUUUCAGUUAUUGCUUGACACCUUGUGAGACCAGAAUCCCAUGUUACUUAUCUUGAAUAAGCUGUGAUCGUUUAGGGUAAUCAGUAAACUAAUAGGUCAAUAGUCAUAAUUCUUACCGUUAGGAAGCAAUAUUUUGCUCCUAGGUAUCUUAAAUAUUAAUUAUAACUAUUGUACAAAUCUGAUAUAUUCGUCGGAGUUAUUACUUGUGAAAUUCUCAAUUGUUGUGGCAAAUAAUGAAAAACGUAUGUUUGCUUUAUUGAUUGUUUUUUUUUGCGAAAAAGAUCGUUUAGUUUUUCUGUGAGUAAAUUUACUUAGCUCACUUCUCCUGUUAUAAUGGAUUAUGUUUUUCUGUUUUUAUAUCAAUUCAUGCAGCUGUGUCAAAGUGAAUUUAAUUUGUUUUUAUUGAUAUCUUGAGAUAAGAUAUUAAUUUACGGACAUAGUGUAUGAUCUUUUCCUAUUAUUUAUAGCUAUCGAUAUUAGAAUCCCAAUUUUGAUUUUGUUGUUUAUGUCUUGAGAGAAUAGUUUUCAUUUCUAUUUUUAUGGUAUAUUAGAAAAUAAUGUCUAAAAGUUUAAAAAAAUACUUUGAUUUGCAUCUUGAUUAUUAUGGUCUAUAAUUAUUUUCUUAUGGUGGAGUUUUAUUCAUUAUGUUUGCCAGUAAUUUUUAACUAGCAAUAGAUAGAUGCAAAAGAUAGAAGAGUCUUAAGCAAUUUUUCUCCGUUUUAAUGUACUGUUUAUAAUAUAAAUUAUCACCGCAGGUGAUAGUAGUUAACGAGAAAAACUAGAGCGGGGAUCUUGAAUUUGCCAAAUAUCGAAUAGUUAUUUCUCCUAGAUUUCCUAGAAAUCUGACAGACUAGAAAUGGAUCCUUUGAAAAUUAUUUAGAAUUAUUGAUCACUACUAGUCUUGGUCUGUCAAUCGUAUUAGGAAUAGUAUUUUUGUUUAUUUGAAUUCAUACUAGCAUAAGAUCCCUAUUAUUCUUAUGUCUAUUAAUAAUGAUCGGAAUAACAGUCCAUUUUUAAUGGUAUCCAUAAAGGUUUGAAGAAGAUUGUACAUCGGGUCUAUAAUGAUUGUAUAUCUUGAUAUUUUGCCAUAUUGCUCAAUUACAAAACUUUUGUAUUAUUUCACUUGUUUCCCCAAUCAUUAACCAUUUUAUUUUGAGACUUUUAAAAAUAUAUAAAAAAAUUCUAAAGAAAUAUAACUCAAAUCGAUAGUAUAUGUUAUGAGUUUUCCGUUUUGAUAAAUCUACCAACUUUUAUAAUCUAAUAAUAUGCAUACUGAGUAUGCAUUAAUCUUCCAACAUCUUAGAAGUUACCUAGUUAAUUUGUAAAUAUGAUUUGUUAGAAACAACUUGUUGAUUAAGCGAAUUUGUACUGAAUACUCUAGUCGAGUGGAUUUGUCUGUGUACCAGUAACUCACAAUUGUUUUGUAGUAUGUCUUCUACUCAGUCUGAGUGAAUAUUUGUCAUAAUAUUGUAUUGCAUGAAAAAUACAGACAUUAUUAAAACCUGUUUCAAGUUUUAGACCUAAAUAAUUAUGAUAUAUUCAUUGUUUUGACUCAUUAUAGAGAAUACUGAAUAAAACAAUUUGUAGACGUUCA